GCAACCCCGAGAUCCGUGAGUGGUGAGGGAGGGUGAGGUAGGCGGAGGGAGGUCGAGGUGGAACGCGAUGCGCGUGAUCUCCAGUUCGCAGAGUCCAUGCGCGGGAUCCCCCGGGAUGCGGGAAGGCGACGCCCUGGUGACUGCACCGCGACGACGCGCGGACCCGGCCAUUCGGCGUGUCGCCCGAUGAGUACGCAGGCUGCGUAUGACGACGCCCAUUUUGCAUCUCACUUCCGCGCAUCACGCGUCGAGCGCGACCUCGCCGUCCUUCACGCUUUGCACCAUGACUCCGAGCCCACGCUGACCCCAGUCAACACCCUCGUCCAGCAGGCAUCCAAGCUCACCCUCUCGUCGCGUGCGUUCUACUCGACAGGCCUCGGCCCUUUCGCCAAGAAGGUUACCGAGAUGUUCGGCUUCGAGAUGGUUCUCCCCAUGAACACUGGCGCCGAGGCCGUCGAGACCGCGAUCAAGGUCGCGCGUAAGUGGGGUUACGAGAAGAAGGGCAUUGCACCAGGCAAGGCCAAGGUCCUUUCCGUCGAGGGCAACUUCCACGGCCGUACGAUCGGCAUCAUCUCCAUGUCGACCGACCCCGAGGCUCGCAACAACUUCGGCCCCUACCUUGAGAAUGUCGGCCCCACUGUCAACGGCAAGACGAUCCGCUACAACCACGCCGAGGACCUCGAGGAGGUUCUCAACCAGUGCGGUGACGAGGUGGCCGCCUUCCUUGUGGAGCCCAUCCAGGGUGAGGCGGGCAUCUUCGUCCCCGAUGACGGGUACCUCAAGCGCGUUCGCGAGCUCUGCACCAAGCACAACGUGCUUCUCAUCUGCGACGAGAUUCAGACCGGUCUCUGCCGCACCGGCAAGAUGCUCUGCUACGAGUGGGAUGGCAUCAAGCCCGACGUGGUCAUUCUCGGCAAGGCCCUCAGUGGCGGCAUGUACCCCGUGUCGUGCGUCAUGAGCUCCAAGGAGGUCAUGCUCUGCAUCCAGCCCGGAGAGCACGGCUCCACCUACGGCGGCAACCCUCUCGGAUGCGCCGUCGCUAUGACGGCUCUCGAUGUGCUCGUCAAGGACAACUUGGCCGAGCGCUCGCUCAAGCUCGGCGAGGUCUUCCGCGAGGGUGUCAAGGCGAUCAACUCGCCCUUUGUCAAGCUCGUCCGCGGGCGCGGUCUCUUCAACGGCGUGGUCAUCGACCCCUCCAAGUCGACCAAGGGCCGCACGGCCUGGGACCUGUGCCUGAUCAUGAAGAGCCUCGGGUUGCUGGCCAAGCCGACCCACCAGACGAUCAUCCGCUUCGCGCCGCCCCUGGUUAUUUCGGAGGAGGAUGUGCGCAAGGCUGUCGACAUCAUCCGCCAGGCGCUCGAGCAGUUUGACACGAUCGAGACUAUUCCUGGAGCUGAGGCGCACUAGGCGGGACUCGGCUUGGACAGCGUAGCCUGACCUCUUGGUGGAUGUUCAGACGCCAGCGAGGUAGGGAGGCUCGACAGUGAUACGAUUUAUUGUACCAUAUAUUACAACCCAACCACAUGUAUUGGUAGUGGAGAAAACACUAAAAAU